AUGAAGUCACUUCCCCUGGAUCAGCACUAUCCGAAGGAACUCCUCACCAUCCUCAGCUCGUUUACCUACGCACCCAACCUCAGACACCUCCGAUUUUCCCAUAUUACUCAUUUGCGCACGUCUGUCUUGCGGGAGGGUGAUGGCCCUCGAAGGCCCAUCAUCAAGGUUCUCCGUCUUUGUACAAAUCUUGAAGAGUUAAUUGAGCGGAGUGUGCGCCGCUUGGAGCCAGAUCCCAUUUUCCCGCCGACACUCCAGAAACUCCUUCCUCGUCUGUCUCGUUUCUUUGCGUGUUCUGGGAGUCAGCUGCAGACUCUUGAUAUCUUGCAUAACGGAGGACUCCAUGGACCCAUCGGAUCAACGGUUCUCAUACCUUCCCCAGCUUUGCAAAUUAGGUCUCUUUCGGACAACGACAAGGAUCCGUCGAGGCGAGAUUUUUACAGGAAAGGGCGGGAUGAGUUGUUGGUUAAGAUUAUCGAUAGGCGGUGGCGAGACUCAGGGUUGUCUCGGGUUCGUAUUAGGUACAAUGAAGCUGGUAUCACUUCAAGUGUAGGGACAAAGACUGCGAGUCGAAACUUGUCGUGCAUUGAUCAUCUCAAAUCGUUGAAAGUGGAAGGGUUGGAUAUCUCUAUCUUGGUUAAAGGAAAUACUAAGAUUCCGUAUGACCUGUUAGAGGACAGUGCUUAG